AUGGACGACAUCCAUGAUUUUGAUACAAUAAAUGUGGAGUUGGAUGCGUACUUCAAAAAGAAACAAGUUUCCCAAUGCAAAGAUGAAUUUCUCAAUAUUCUAUGUGAAGAAGACGAUUAUGAGGCAGUAGAUGAUGCUCAAACUGAAAAUGAUGCUCAAAUUGAAAAUGAUGCUCAAACUGGAAACGAUGCUCAAACUGGAAUCACUAAAAAAGAAUCAGAUGAAGAUUAUCUGGAAGGUAGUAACGAGGAAGAUUGUGAUGAGGAAUUUGAGUAUUCCACCCACAAUCCAAAUGUGAAAUGGAACAAAAUGAGACCAACGCUUGGUGAAAGGUAUGAAUCCCCACAUGAACUGAAAUUGUGUUUAACCAACUAUGCUGUUGGAAGGGGUGUGUGUGUAAUCAGUGACCAACACAAGGGUCUUGUUGAAGCUAUUUGUCCUUCCGAGGUAACAAAGAUGGAAGAAUUUAGAGAAGACAUUAAAAGUUUGUCUGCAGUUCCAAGUGGAGUGAAUGAAUAUGAAAGUGAAAAUGAUGCAAGUCCAGAUUUUCAACAAAUUGAAGGUCUUGGAUUGAGUGAAGCAGAAGUACAACAAAUUGAAGAUGUGGAUGUUGCUAUGUCACAAGAUGUUGGAAUUGCUAGCCAAAUAACAGUUGAAGAAUUCCCUAAAACUCAAGCACUUGGAGAUGAGGAAAGCAUGAAUGAGGAGGAUGGCAAAGAUGAGACGGGGAUGGGUGAGGUAAUGAUGAAUGAGGAAAGGAUGGAUGAUGAGAGAGAAAUACCUGCCACAUAACAAUUGAAUCAAGUCAGAAUGAGGCCUACAAAGAGGAGCAAAGUGAAUCAAGUCAGAAGGAGGAAGCCUUCAGAAAGGAUAACAGAGAUCAAGUUGCAAAAGGUGGUAGCUGUCAAGAAUGGAAAGGGGAUGAGUUCAUCCAACCCCCUUAGUCUAGAAUAGGGUGUUUCUAAUCUUUACUUUUGUUAAGAACAUGUAUAAAACUUUUGGGUUUGGGCAAAUGUUGAUAGCCCUUUUUGUUGAUAAGCCUCUACUAUUGAUAGCCCCUUUUGUUAAUAGCCCCUUUUGUUUACAUCCAUAUAAACUAUAGGCUUUGGGCCCUUUAACAUGUUUUUGGGCAUUUACACAACUAACCAUAAAAUUGUUUGGCUUUGGUUAAUAUUACUACAUAUUCU